UGCUGGUUUGACCGGCACAAAAAUCCCCUGGCCGAAAGCCUGAUUCAUGAAGUGUCUUGUGAGCUCGCUGACUGUGACAUGCAACAGGACUGCAUCAUAGAAACGUGGGUAGGAAACACUCAUCUGUAUUUAAGCAGUGGAAGUUCCUCAUCCUAACACUUGAAUGCUCAAUCACGGCUGAAGACUCUUCUGAGCAUCCCAGAAAACACUCUGACGACUGUCAUCCUGAAACUAUUUUCUACAGUCUUUCAACAGGAUCCCUGUGCUGAGAUGUGUGUCGGUCACUGCUCCAGGUGUGUGGGAAUGGCUCUGAUUCCAAUAGCCAUCGUCUGCAUGGUGGCAAAUGUGCUUCUGCUGUUUCCAGACAUGAAGUCUCAGUACCUGACAGAGCGUCAUGUGACCAGAGAGGCCAUGUGGUGCUCUGGGAUAUGGGCAUCUGGCCUUCUGGUUCUUGUGGCUGCUCGAGGCUUCACAACACAUUACGAAAAGACAGGAUGCUGUUAUUUUACUGCUGAGGUUUUGCGUAAGUUGGGGUACACGUGUUUGGCGAUUAUGGCAGCGGGGUUGUGUUUCGUGGUCAGUGGGAUAGGGCUGACGCUGGGACCCCUCUGUUUACACAACGGCACUGAAGGCCUAAAGUGGGAACGGCCAUUAAAACCAGUCAAAAGUGGAGAGUAUCUUUACCUGUACGAUCCGGAGCGAUGGGCAUCGGCGUGUGUGGAGCCUCGAGGUGUCGUGAUCUGGAAUAUUGUUCUUUUCUCUGUCCUCAUGGCAGCGAGUGGCCUUGAGCUCGUCUUCUGCCUUCUGCAUCUCCUCACCGCCGCACUGGAGCUCAUGUUUGGACCGGGCUUCUGCAAGAAUAAGGUUGUUCCUGCUUGAAAUGACUAGAGGUUUUGUUAUGUUCAUCUGCAUGUGAGAAUGACAUUUUUUGGAGGUUAAAAUGUCAGCUAUGACUACUUAACUUAUUUUAAACAGAGAAAAAAUAGAAAUGAGAAGUGGAUUAGGAAAGUCAGUUUUCACAUCCCCGAAUCUUUUCCACCAACCAUGUGCCUGUUGCUCAGCUGGUUCAGCAUAAUUCUGGACAAAUAUAAAUAAGCUAUUUAAAAUAUAUACAUAUAUGUGACUAAUAUAAUGUGAUAUAUUCUCAGAACGCACUUUAAUCUGUAUACACUGUAGGAAUGUGAGUAAU